AAUAGAGCUCAAAACAUUCGACAACCAAGAACCAGGUUUCACCUCAUUUUCUUUCAUAGACCUUUGCUGCGUUUCAGCUCCCAUAAUCAACUCAAAUUUGUCCUAAAACCUGCAAGAAAAGAUCAACACUCGGAGAUGACCGGGAAAAAGGAAAGAAACAAGGAGAGAAGGGAAAAGAGACUCCAGGAGAUUUCACUUCUCAGAACAAUUCCUUAUUCUGAUAAUCAAAGGUGGUGGUCACAAGAAACUGUUGCUGUUGUAACCGGUGCUAACAGAGGAAUCGGAUUUGAGAUUGCAAGACAACUUGCGGGUCAUGGAUUGACAGUAAUACUAACAUCAAGGGACAUUAGUGUUGGCAUUGAAGCAGCCAAGGUUAUACAAGAUUUGGGUUUCAUUGUUGAUGUUCAUCAGCUUGAUAUCUUGGAUAGUGAAUCGAUUUCGGCGUUUGUCGAUUGGAUAAGACAAAAAUAUGGUGGUGUUGAUAUCUUGGUGAAUAGUGCAGGUGUUAACUAUAACCUUGGGUACGAUAAUUCUGUGGAAUUUUCCCGGCAGGUAAUUGAGACCAAUUAUUAUGGAACCAAAAAUAUGACUAAAGCAAUGAUACCAGUGAUGAGAUCUUCUGCUGUUGGUGCUCGUAUUGUUAAUGUGAGCUCACGGCUAGGCAGGCUAAACGGCCGGCGCAAUAGAAUCCAAGAUGCAAAUUUGAGAGAAAAACUAACCAAUUUGGAAACUCUCUCGGAGGAAUUGAUUGAUAGAACAGUGUCUAGUUUCUUACAACAAGUUGAAGAUGAAACAUGGCAAUCGGGUGGAUGGCCUCAAACAUUCACUGAUUACUCAGUAUCUAAACUCGCUGUCAAUGCUUACACUAGACUGCUUACCAAAGAACUCUCUCGUCAAUCACAAGGUGAAAAGAUAUAUGUCAACUGUUAUUGUCCAGGAUGGGUGAAGACUGCAAUGACCGGUUGGCAAGGCAAUAUUUCGCCCGACGUUGCGGCUGACACCGGAGUCUGGCUUGCCCUGCUUUUGGACCCAGCAAUAACAGGAAAGUUUUUUGCAGAGAGACGAGAAAUCAACUUUUGAGUCGAUCAAGUUUAGUAUUGCAGAGUUUAGAGAUUCAUUUUAUUCGUGAAGAUCUAAAGCUUAAAGCAAUUGAAAGUAACUUGUUUUAGAAGCUAUUUAGCCCAUACCUAGCACCAAAUGAAACUAACAUACGAAUAAAUGUUUCCUUCCGUUUAACCUUAAAAGCUA